UUUUAGUGAGCUUAGGUAAACAGCCUACUAGGGUUAGCUCAACCUGAUAACACGGACUCGAUCAGUUCUAGGGAGCAGGACUCUAAUCAGGCAUGGUGUUAAGGACCAGUGGAUAACGUAGAGAAGGACUGAAGAUGGCGAUACAGAUGAGGAAUACACUUGGCAGCCCAUGAACCUCACCGAAAUGACAAGGGUCAGGUCAGAUCUGCCCUUUGAACACAGCACAAAAUCGACCAUAGAGAAUCACAUUCAGAAGCAAGCGUCUGAUCAGACUGCAAGUACAAGGGUCCACUUUCCUUUCGGAGAAACCAUGAUGAAAGAGGAAUUCGGAUGCGACAUCACGUGCUCCCCGGCUCAGUCUCGUGCCACUCCAAUUCUUCCUCCAUGUCGAGUCUGUGAUGAGAAUGCAUCCGGGUUCCAUUAUGGGGUCAACACGUGCGAGGCAUGCAAGGGUUUCUUUCGGCGGAGUAUGCUACGACGAGAGAAAUACAAAUGUCUUGGAAAUGGCAACUGCGACAUUACUCUAUCGAGAAGGAAUGGCUGCCCGUACUGUAGAUAUAAGAAAUGCCUGUCUGUCGGCAUGUCAAAACACGCAAUCAAAACAGGUCGUUACACACACAAGAAAAGAACACAAGACAUUUUAGAAAUCCAGAAAAUUCGAGAUGGAACACCUUUAGAAUCUGAAGACACAAGUUUACCAGUCUCGCCUCAUCCAGCACCAUGGCAAGAUAGGGGACAUCAAGAGACAGAGGCACUUAUGCAAACAAUACUAGACGCUCACAACAAGUAUGUACAGUCAACACUGAGUCUGUCGGAGGAUACUCUCGAGAAGAAUCAGCAAGCAUAUUACGAGCAAUACAAGUUGAAGGUGGACAUGUUUGGACCAAUGACCACUUUGCCACGCGAGCAGUACGAUGAGAUUUACCAGUCAACUGGGAUUGAUAUCGAUAACCGCCAGGAAAUGAUGAGGGCUUUUGCUGCAUCGAUGGAAGCUGGGAUACGGCGAUACAUCAGCUUCGUGAAGGCGGUUCCAGGGUUUACGGUAUUAUCGUCAGAUGAUCAGGCAAAUCUCAUUAAAGGUGCGAGAUUUGAGUUCUUCUUUCUGGGCAGCUUCCGGGGAUAUAACAGCAAACUGAACGUACUGAGUACAUCGUCGGGCAAGUGUCUACAUCUCCAUGAGAUAUGUAAGAUAUGGGAUGAGGACUUCAUGCUUGAAGCAUUUAACUUCGCUGACUCGCUGAAAGCGCUCAAGCUCAGUGUAGAAGAGUGCGUGGUGAUCAAGACAUUGUGUAUUCUAUUCACAGACCGGUGUGACUUAGCACAGCCUGAAAAGGUGGAGGAAAUCCAGUGGAAAGUCAUCAGAUGCCUGAUCCUGCUUCAACAUAAAUAUCAUUCGAAACCGAUGAUAAGAUUCGCAAAGAUCAUAGAUCGGCUCACGGCUGUCAGAUCCCUUACGGAGUGGAACAACAAGAUAGCCAAAAGCCUGUACUUGUGGCCUGCUGUGCAGCAAAGUCCCUUGUUACUUGACAUGUUGGCAACGUAACGCUAGACUGUGAGCAGUGACGUUUAUACGUUUCUACAGUGGCCUACUUCGGUGACAAUAAAUUGAAGAAACAGUGGAAUAUUGUGAGGUGAUUCAUUACAAAGAUGAAUCUAUCGUCUUUGAAAAGGACGUGUGCCAGGGACUAUUUAUGUCUACAGAGUGUUCGUUAAUGUUUGACAGAAGAAACUAUUUUCACAAGGGCUCCCUUCAGCUGUUUUAAUCACAAUGAAAGCACAACUCGGUAAUUCAUGCAAACCUGAUGUCAUCACCGAUUCUCAGGGAUUACAUCAAUUUCCUCUGCUAUUUCCCAUUUACUACCAAUGGUAGUUUUGACAGAUAAUCGACUCGAAUGACACUCUGCAGUUGACGUUAUGUUAUCCAGAGCAUUAAGCAUUAAGAAUAUAUUCAAUAUUCAUAAACUGCAUCUGCUCAUUUCUCGAGGUUAGGAAACAUCUCUUGUGGUUUUUUUGUCCUUUCAGAGAAUAGAAAUAAUAACUGUUUUCUGUGGGAAGGUCAAAUGCGACCUAUCAGUAACACGGUAAGAAAUGUUUUACGCUAUGUAAGAUGUGAAUAGGUACAGAUGUUGAUGGUGAAGUGAUUGUAAUGUCAGGUGACUAGAAACAUGAUAUUGUCUUGUUACCACAUAGUUCCUGAUGCCUUGAUAUUACCUCAUGUUAUCUCACGUUUCUGUAUUUUGAAACGCUUGACUGUUCAUGACUUCGUGUCAUUACAACGAUAUUCCAUUUUCUUUAACACUUCGGAGUUGUGGCAGAGUUUGAUAUAAUGUUGCUGGACGCAGUAUUUCAAAUCCAACUUGAGCGGCCAUCUUACUGUUGGGGGAAUUCACCCAAAUCGCCGCCUGUAGAAGCUGUGAUGCAACGUCUAACGUCUUAACAAACCUAGAUCAUUGUCAGAGAAGGGUCGAUUUGGUUCCUGGAUCAACCUAUACACGUUGAGCUUCGACAAGUGGUGCAGUAGACCAUUAAUCUAUUGUGGCUCAAUAGGUCCAUGGUGCCAGAUGGACGUUCUUUGCCUACAUGAUCAUGAGUUUGAUCCAGAACGUUCAGAAUAGCAUACAUUUACAUAUACUACCCAUCAAAAGUUUAGACUCACUAGUGUAAAUGUAGCCACUUACUUCAGUCAACUAUUCUAAACUAGAUUUUGCAAAAUAUUCCAUACUGGUUAAAGGUAUUGUUUACA